CAGGCGCACUGUGGAGAACGCGGCCUCCCCCGCCGAAUCGCGCAUCUGCGCAGUUGGUGUUUAUUGUGACCGUCGGGCCGCGGCCCCGGAUGUUGUGGCUGCCGGGGGGGAGAUGGCGGAGGCAGAGGGGGUGGCCGCGGCCCCAGGCCCAGCCUCGGGGCCGACUUUCAGGGGCCGCCGCGCUCUGUCAGGCUCCUGGGAGCGAGACCAGCAGGUUGAGGCGGCGCAGCGGGCCCUGGUGGAGGUGCUGGGGCCUUACGAGCCUUUGCUGAGCCGGGUGCAGGCAGCCCUGGUGUGGGAGCGGCCAGCCAGGAGCGCCCUGUGGUGCCUGGGGCUGAACGCGGCUUUCUGGUUCUUUGCGCUGACAUCCCUUCGUCUUGUGUUUCUGCUUGCAUUCAGCUCCAUGAUCAUCGUGUGUAUAGAUCAGUGGAAGAACAAAAUCUGGCCUGAAAUAAAAGUGCCAAGACCCGACGCAUUAGACAAUGAGAGCUGGGGCUUUGUGCACCCUCGGUUGCUCAGCGUGCCCGAGCUCUGCCACCACGUAGCUGAAGUCUGGGUUAGUGGGACCAUUUUCAUAAGGAAUCUUGUGCUUUUCAAAAAACAAAACCCAGGCAAGUUCUGCUUGCUGAGCUGUGGGAUACUGACAUUUUUGGCCGUCUUGGGCCGCUACAUCCCUGGCCUCCUGCUGUCCUACUUGAUACUUGUCACUGUCCUGAUGUGGCCCCUAGCCGUGUACCACCAACUGUGGGAUCGAGCCUACGUACGGCUGAAGCCAGCUCUGCAGCGGCUAGACUUUAGUGUCCGUGGCUACAUGAUGUCCAAGCAGAGAGAGAGACAGUUGCGCCGCAGAGCUUUGCACCCAGAGCGUGCCUUGGACAGCCACAGUGACAGUGAAGAGGAGCUCGCGGCCUUCUGUCCUCAGCUGGAUGAUUCUACUGUUGCCAGGGAAUUGGCCAUCACAGACUCUGAGCACUCAGAUGCUGAGGUCUCUUGUACAGACAAUGGCACGUUCAAUCUUUCACGGGGCCAGACACCUCUAACAGAAGGCUCUGAAGACCUAGAUGGUCACAGUGAUCCAGAAGAAUCCUUUGCCAGAGACCUUCCAGACUUCCCUUCCAUUAAUGUGGAUCCCGCUGGCCUGGAUGAUGAGGACGAUACCAGCAUUGGGAUGCCUAGCUUGAUGUACCGUUCCCCACCAGGGGCUGAGGAGCUCCAGAACCCCACUGCCAGCCAGGAGGAGGCUGUGCUGCCGGAGCUCCUGCUCAGUGCCCUGCCUGCAGGGUCCCACCUCACCAGCAACCUCGCCAGCCUGGUCUCCCAGGGCAUGAUCCAUCUGGCCCUGUCAGGGGCCUCCCAGCCAGGCCCUUCUGGCCUGCCUCCCCGGAGAACAACAAGAGGCUUCCUCCGGGCCCCCAGUUCAGACCUGGACACUGAUGCUGAGGGGGAUGACUUUGAACUUCUGGACCAGUCGGAGCUGAAUCAGCUGGACCCUGCCAGUUCCAGGAGCCACUGAAGCAGAGACUCCUUUUAGGGGUCACUGUGGUUUAGGUUUCUUUUUCUCCCUAUCCCACUUAAGGUGAAGGGGCAAGGGA